UGAGGCCGGAAGCGCGGCGCGCGUGCGGCGGCGAUGGCGGCGUUCCGAGCGCUGGGGCUGGCGCCGUGGCUGGCGGAGCAGGCGCGGCAGGUCGGGCUGAGCCGGCCCACGCCCGUGCAGGCGGCCUGUAUCCCGCCCGUGCUGCAGGGUCGCGACUGUCUGGGCUGCGCCAAGACGGGCAGCGGGAAAACGGCCGCGUUCGUGCUGCCGAUUCUGCAGGUGCUCUCCGAGGAUCCCUACGGCAUCUUCUGCCUGGUGCUAACCCCUACCCGGGAGCUGGCGUAUCAGAUCGCCGAGCAGUUCCGUGUGCUGGGGAAGCCGCUGGGGCUCAAGGACUGCGUGGUGGUGGGCGGGCUGGACAUGGUGGCCCAGGCUCUGGAGCUGUCCCGGCAGCCACACGUUGUCAUCGCCACGCCGGGCCGACUCGCCGACCACCUGCGCAGCUCCAGCACCUUCAGCCUCAAGAAGCUCAAGUUCCUGGUUCUGGAUGAGGCUGACAGGCUGCUGGAGCAGGGCUGUGCUGACUUCGGUGCUGACCUGGAGGUGAUCCUGGACGCGGUGCCCAGGCGCAGGCAGACGCUGCUGUUCAGUGCCACGCUCACACACACACUCAAGGAGCUCAAGGGCCUGGCUGCCAACACCCCCUUCUUCUGGGAGGCUGAAUCUGAGGUGCGGACGGUGGAUGAGCUGGACCAGCGGUACCUGCUGGUGCCCGAAGCCCUGAAGGAUGCCUACCUUGUCCACCUCAUCCAGACCUUCCAGGAUGAGCAUGAGGACUGGUCCAUCAUUGUCUUUACUAAAACCUGCAAGGACUGCCAAGUCUUGAGCAUGAUGCUGAGGAGAUACAACUUCCCUGCUGUAGCUCUGCACUCCAUGAUGAAACAGAGGCAGCGCUUUGCAGCUUUAGCAAAGUUCAAGUCCAGCAUCUUUAAGAUUCUCAUUGCUACUGAUGUUGCUGCCAGAGGCUUGGACAUUCCUACAGUGCAGGUUGUGAUCAAUCACAACACUCCUGGGCUGCCCAAGAUCUACAUUCACCGUGUGGGGCGGACGGCCCGUGCAGGGCGGAAGGGAAUGGCCAUCACGCUGGUGACACAGUACGACAUCCACCUGGUGCACGCCAUCGAGGAGGAGAUCAAACUGAAGCUGCAGGAGUUCUCUAUGGAGGAGAAGUUUGUGCUGGAAAUCCUCACCCAAGUGAAUGUCACCAGGAGGGAGUGUGAAAUCGAACUGGAGGGGAUGGACUUUGAUGAGAGGAAAGAAAUAAAUAAGAGGAAACAACUGAUCCUUGAAGGGAAGGACCCAGAUCUGGAGGCCAAAAGGAAGGCAGAGUUAGCCAAGAUCAGGAAGAAGAACAAGCAGUUCCGUGAGAAGCUGCAGCAGGGCCUGCAGAAGAGAAAGGAGCUGCAGCUCAAGAGGAAACUGCUCAAGAGGAUGGAGAGGGACAAGCUGCGUGCUAAGGAGGAGAAAUAACAUCCUGUGGCUGGGCUCAGGCUGCCCUGGCUGGGCUCAGGCUGCCCUGGCUGGGCUCAGGCUGCCCUGACCUGGCUCUGGGUGCCCUGGCCUGGCUCUAGGUGCCCUGACCUGGCUCUGGGUGCCCUGACCUGGCUCUGGGUGCCCUGGCCUGGCUCUGGGUGCCCUGGUCUGGCUCUGGGUGCCCUGGCUGGGCUCAGGGUGCCCUGUUUUGAAUCAGGGUGCCCUGGCUGGGCUCAGGCUGCUCUGGUCUGGCUCAGGCUGCCCUGGUCUGGCUCAGGCUGCCCUGGUCUGGCUCAGGGUGCCCUGCCAGGGCUCAGGGUACCCUGCCAGGGCUCAGGGUACCCUGUUCUGAAUCAGGGUGCCCUGGCUGGGCUCAGGGUGCCCUAGCUGGGCUCAGGCUGCUCUGGUCUGGCUCAGGCUGCCCUGGCCUGGCUCAGGGUGCCCUGCCAGGGCUCAGGGUACCCUGUUCUGAAUCAGGGUGCCCUGGCUGGGCUCUGGGUGCCCUGCCAGGGCUCAGGGUACCCUGUUCUGAAUCAGGGUGCCUUGGCUGGGCUCUGGGUGCCCUGGCCUGGCUCUGGGUGCCCUGGUCUGGCUCAAGGUGCCCUGGCUGGGCUCAGACUGCCCUGCCUGGACUCAGGAUACCCUGAUCUAGCUCAGGUUGCCCUUGACUGGGCUCAGGCUGCUCUGGCCUGGCUCAGAGUGUCCUGGCUGGGCUCUGGGUGCCCUGGUCUGGCUCAAGGUGCCCUGGCUGGGCUCAGGCUGCCUUAUCCUGGCUCAGGCUGCCCUUGUCUUGCUGCUGCUCUGCUAAUCCUGGCAUGUGCCACAUUUUAGUGUGGACACUUGUGCCCUGCAGUCAGUAGCACACUGGAGGGAGGUGGGUGGGGGGAGAAGGGCCACUUGGAUAAAACCUCUCUGUUGUUUUUCCUUCCUGUUGGCCUGGGCCCUUCCUGCCAGGCUGGAUGGCUCCUGGAAGAAUGUCUUUCAAGAGCAUGUUUCCUUCCUCCAGCAAAGGCCAGGCCAGACCUGAACUCUUGGUGACAUGAAGGGAAAUCAAGAUCCCUUCUCUCUCUCUUCCCCUUCCAUUCAGUUGUUGCUCUCUCCCUCCCACAGGCUGGUACUUGCCCAAACACUUGUAUGGCUCAGGGGAGAAUCUGUUGAUAGGAGAGUCUAAAAAUAACUGUGACAAAGUGAGCUCAGCCCCUCUCUGUGGCCAGAGGAAAAGCCCUGGAGCACGUGGGGAGGUUGGGUUGGGUGCCUGCUCCUGGGGGCUUCUUGGCAUAAGCUUUUGUGGUACAUUGAGGUGAUUCCUCUGCCUGGGAUUUCUGCUCAGGCUCCAGCUGAGCAGAGUCUUGCUGUGGAGACCAGGGGCCUCUUGUUCUCCCAGGAGAUGUCUCAGGUCAAGAAAGCUUCUGAGGAAGAAACCUUCAGGAGCAGGAUCACCUUGCUACAGGAGUUCCCUGCAGGGGGUUGUGUUUGGGUCCUGCUCUGCAUGGUUCAGGGCUGCUUGGGGCAUGUUUGCAGUGGGUAUGUUUGGAAGAGGAGUUUGGGCAGGCUGGAGGGGGCUGAGCUCACACAGACACUUGUGUUUCCCUCUGGAGACAGACCUUAAAACCCUCCCAAGGAGCCAAGGCCAGAGUUUGACCAGCUCUGUUCUAAGCCCAGCUUUACCCCUCAGUGCAAGAUUCAGAGCUCUCUGGGACUUGAGAGUGUUAUUUCUGACCCCUGGCUUAGAAACAAACCACUUUCAAUGCUCAAAUAAAUACUUGCCAGGA